AUGGCCACUAGUAACGCGAAUGCUCCCGCAGAGGGCGGUAUAGAUCCCCUCAUGCAUAAGUAUAACGCAAGUAUUUCGUAUGACAAGCUCCUAUAUAAGGAAGAUAUACUUGGUAGUAUUGCCUUUGCCCGCGCAAAUGCAAAGUCUGGUAUCAUUUCCGACGACGAAUUUAUCGAGAUCGAGCGAGGUCUCUGGGAGGUCCUGAAGGAGUGGGAUACAGAUACCUUCACCAUAAGGCCUAAUGAUGAGGAUAUUCAUACUGCUAAUGAGCGUCGGCUGGGAGAAAUCAUUGGCAAGGCUAUUGCAGGCAAGCUACAUACUGGUCGUAGCCGAAAUGAGCAAGUUGUCUGUGAUAUGCGUAUGUGGCUGCGCGAGCGGAUAUAUGAGAUCGACAAACAACUGGUUGCCUUCCUUCGGGUCAUUAUCGCACGUGCGGAGUCUGAUAUGUAA